CAGUGCCAUAGAUUCCGCUGUAUCUGUUUUGAAGAUUAAAGAUGACAAUUGUUUGUUUAUAAACAUAGUUUCGCUGGGUUGUAAUUUUACUGCUUUGUUAGAGUUUGGUGGCAAAAUUACGGCUUGUGGCCCUUGUUUGGCAACGUACAUAGAAGUCGGCAGCAGAGGGACUACUGGUCAGUCGACUAUCAGUUGCCGCUUAGUUUUAAUGAAAUAUAUCUGCAAAGCCAUGGCUAUGGAAACAACAGGACGAGAUAGUGUUUUACAGGAAUUGCAUGAAUUUAUUGUCGAAAGUAAGCAGAAAGUAGCUUCCACUCUUGAGCAGUUAGGAUGGGAUGCAGAAACAACGCUAAAGGGCGGAAACUCACCCAAAAAGAUUAAAUCAGAUGGCGAAUAUGAGUGUUCAACUGCUGGGAAUCAUUCAGUCUUCUUGGAAUCUGAAAUGGUUAAUGAUCUGUUGAAGAAGAAAGGCAUAUAUUCUCCUUCAUUAAAUACCAUAGAAGAAAUAUUAACCGCUGAACAAAAGCUAGCUCUCUAUGAAUACUGUAUCGAGAAAACUGGGAAACUUACUGAACCUGAGAUAUCAAUCAUGAUUCGCCCCGAUGAAGGUGGUUCGAAAAAGGAAAUGACCUUUGCAGAAAUUGUAGCACAAAAACGGAAUGCUAAACGUCGAACAGCACGAUAUCGUACUGGCGCACCUCAAUCUUAUGUAGCCGAACUGAGAAAUUUGAUUGAUUUGCAGAUGAGUGCUUUAUCGCAGUAUAUUGAAGGUGAGACAAAUUCUAGUACAAGUGAUAGAAAUCGUAUGAGGUCAGGGGAGUUUAGAAAAUCAACAGAAAGGUCAUCAAAACCAUCACGUCAUGAAGAUUACAAGCGUGAAAGAAAAACACAUAAGCAUAAAAAACAUAAAUGUAUUAGUCCUGAGAGGUAUAAGCACCGUCGUUGAUGGUUGCAUUGCUUAUGGUUUUUAAAUAACAACUUUAUGUUAGAGUAGAUAAAAUGAAGGUAUAUAUACAAAUAGAUUCGAAAGUAUAAUUGUUUCAAUAUUUAUACCAUUUACACAAAGUUUGUUUUCAAAAAAAAAGAAUAGGUUUGUUAGUUUGACAAUUUCCCUAACUAUCGGAGUUUUAUCCAAGUCCACUGCUUUUCCGCCGAUUCUGCUAAUUCCAUAUCCCCCAUUUCGCUAGAGUUGAAAGUUUUGAUGAAGAUACUUCCAUAAACAUGUACCUUCGAAGGAUUCCUCAGGGUGCAUGGGAUUAAUCUAUAGCGUCCAUUGCUUUAACGACCGUCUAUUGGCCUGCUCCAGGUUCCGGUGCAUUACAAUAUUUUUCUGAUACCUUUAUUCACAAUUUGUCUUCUUUCUUUCUGAAUCAAGAAACUAAUUAUAAAUUAACAGCUUGUUUCCGUCCUACUACCUCCUCAAGGUUAUUAAUUCGCAGUCUUUUACGGUGAAAUAUUUUCUUACCUUCUCUUCGUUGGGGCUCUACAGUAGUUUCCGCCCUUGGCAUUCAGAACACACUGCCUUCCAGAGUCUCCAUCCUUCGAUCCCGUCGUUCAGUUCCUGAUUCCAAGCAGUGAUGCUCUAUCUUCGUUUAUCUAUAAAUCCACUUAAUGGCGUGAAUCUUCCUACUUCAGAAGCUUGUCGCCUUGUUUAAUAAGCAAACUUUAUAAUAGAAAAUCUGAGAUUAUGUUUACACUACAUUCGUGGGAUAUCAAUAUCAGUUUACAUUAUUGGAUAGCGAUAUCAGUGGAAUGCACUGUGUAGCGGAAAUGCCGACUGAACAAUAAUGACCUACUUAAGUAAGUGCGGACUAGAAAUUGAUCCUGUAUUGAAAUAACUCCACGAGUAAGAAUAGAUUUAUUAACCAUAACCUCGCGUUUUAUUACAACAGAAUGUGGAGUUCUUCUUUUCUUCAGCCUUUGUUCCAUUUGAUUUUAUCAAAUCCGUGAUCGGUUUCGCCAUUUUAUUUUAUCAAGUCCCUGAUCUGGAUGCAAUCUCAAGGCUUUUAAAUCCCCAUC